CGCCCGCCGUAGUUCGUUGGCUUGUCUCUUCGCGAAGCCCGAGUGCCCGUCAGUCGCGGCGAUGUCGCGGGAAGGGGCGGAGGCGAAGCCCGUCACAGUCAGCGACGUGCAGGAGCUGAUGAGGAAGAAGGACGAGAUCGAAGCCCAGAUCAAAGCCUACUACGAAGUGCUGGACGAUCAAAAAGGUGUUGGGAUGCAUGAACCCCUUGUGGAUGUUGAAGGCUAUCCGCGUUCAGAUAUUGAUCUUUACCAAGUCCGGACAGCAAGACACAACAUCAUCUGUCUGCAAAAUGAUCACAAGGCUUUGAUGCAACAAGUGGAAGAGGCGCUCCAUCAGCUUCAUGCCCGGGAUAAGGAAAAGCAUGCAAGGGAUGAGGCGGAGGCUCGAGCCGAAGCUAGAGGCCAGGGCCUGCCCUCGCCUCAGCCUUUUGCCAAGGUGAACGCCAUCACCCCAGGAUCCCCGGCAAGCCUUUCGGGCUUGCAAGUUGGUGACGAGAUUGUGGAGUUUGGCUCAGUGAAUGCACACAACUUCCAGUCGCUGCAGAAUAUUGCCACUGUGGUGCAGCACAGCGAAGGGAAAGCAUUAAGUGUGACUGUGAUCCGUGGAGGAGAAAGAAUGCAUCUGGGCCUCACCCCGAAACGCUGGAGUGGCAGGGGGCUUCUGGGUUGCAAUAUCAUCCCAUUGCAAAGAUGAUUCCCAGCGGCAAGGCUCCCAACAACUUGGUGCCAUUUCAGUUUGAGUUGACCACUUUAACCUGAAGAAGCUGGAACGGGGAACAUGAAUUGGGGAGGUUUUGGUGUUUCCUGCCAAAGAAGUUUAUAGAGUUAUUUGCACACUCAGAUUGAAAGUGUACUGGUUCAAAGGGUUAGCUUGGCCUGUCCUUGUGCAGUUUGUUUAAAAAUUAAAGACAAAAACAACAACAACAAAAAACCCCCAGAACAGGCAUUUCGCUUUAGUGCGGAGUCUGGUAAGUUAUUUGUGGCCUCCCUUUUAUUCUUUCAUGUUUGUUUCAGAAUUGACCUGUAAAGGUUUAUACUAGCAUUUAAGGUGUAGUUUUUCCUGUUUUCAAGCCAUACUCACUGAGAGGUUUCUGAAACCUUUUAAGAAAGUUAGCUGCUGUGGUAUUUUGCAUUGCCAUAUUAAAAUCAUUUUGAAUAAACCUGCCUUUUCAAAAAUGUGUAUGUUCGACUUGUUGUGACUAGCAUCCUGGGCCUCUGUGUGUAUCUCUCUUUUGAAGUAAAUCUCAUUUACCCCCCAGGGAAGGAUGUAUAGUAUUGCAGUCUCAAUCUGGAAGAUUUUACAAACAGGUUUUAGCAGAGUUACAAGAUGGGUGCAAUGUAGCUUACCUUGGCUUUACUUUUCUGUCUUGGCCGUAAUGACUGCCUUGAUAGUCAAUAAUACUAGUGGAGUAUCUCUUAUCUGAAAUACUCGGGACCAGAAAUGUUUGGGGAUUUUUUCAGGUGUUUACAUAUAUGUGUGUAAUGGAGAUGGGACCUAACUCUAAACAUGAAAGUCAUGCACCAUAUGUUUCACAUAUCCCUUAUGUGCAUAGCCUGGGGGUCACUGUAUACACAAUAUUUUAAACCAUUUUGUGCCUGAAAUAAAGUUGGUGUACAUUGAGACACCCAAAAGCAAA